CGCGAGUCAACAGUCCGCCAUCUUGUGUUCAGUACAAAAUCGGUCACGACGGCAACCGCACGCCGCUUUAGUUGCGCCACAACAUGCUAGAAAUCAACCCCGAAAAGUUGAUAAAGGCGAUUAAAUCUCGCCCCUCAAUGUACGAUAAGAGUGAUAGCAUGUACUACAGCCAUCGGAAACAUAAGGAGCGAUUGUGGCGCGAAAUAUGCAUCGAAGUUCAUCCUAACUGGGAGAGUCUCAAGCCCGUCGAAAAGAUCGAAUGCGUUCGAGACAUGCAAAAGCGGUGGAAAAGCCUGCGGACGUGUUUCACGAGGGAACUAGCGUUGCAAAGAAAGGAAAGGUUCAAGGAAGAAAACUCUAUACCGACCAAGAGACGGAAGAAGUAUAGCUAUUUCGAUGCCAUGAGUUUCCUACUGGGCGACAAUCCUGAACAGUUCGAAUUGCGAGAGGAUGAAGAUUCGAGCGACCCUCUCGACGAGAAAUUCGAAGGAGACAUAGAGUAUAGCUUCAACGAUGGACACACAGAAACAAUGAACAUAGCAAAUAUCGUUCCAGAAACGUAUGAAAUGCCAGUUUAUGAAAAGAACGAAGAGUUUGAAACGAAAGUGCUCAAUGCUAUAAAGGAGAUAAAGAAAAGCGAAGAGAAUGAUGACGACAAACAGUUCAUGAUGUCAUUGGUUCCAAUGUUCAGGAAGUUCACUGAUAAACAAAAGAUAGAAGCUAAGAUAGAAUUGUUGAAAGUUAUACAGAGGAUAGGGUUUGAAUAGUUGAUUAAAUAACAAGAUUCAGUUGAUAGUUUAAGUAUUUUUCUAUGCAUGAUAAAUAACAAUUCAAAUAGUUUUUAAGAUUUCUUUUAUGUAUUGAUAUGAUUGUAGGUGAAUGUAGAAAUCCAAAUUGCGGAAAUGUACCGGACAUAUCGAUGCAUUUCUAAUGUGACUUCUUUUCUUCUUUUAAUGUGACAACAUUAUUGUUUAUAGUUUAAUUUGUAUGUUAUGUAAACAAGGGACCUUGUAUUUGAAAUUGAGUAUUAGAUUAAUUUCACUGCUAUCACAUAUCUUAUGUUUGUGUAAAUCUUUCAAAAUUUUAUGUAUAGAAGGGGUUUAUUGAAACAAACAAAAAAUAUUCCUACGAUCUGUUCUAAAAGUUUAUUUGACAGAUUAUAACUGCCACAGAUAUUCGAACCUAUGUCACAGAAUACAUAAUAGUAGCUAACUAUGUCUAAUUAUUAUUAUCAUGUAGUUCAUAGAGAAUUAGCUCCUAAGAUUUCUAGAAAUCUAGACAUUGAGAUGUCAUAGUGAUAGAUAUUGCACUAUCUAAUGUCAUGCAGAUGUGUGUGAUAAGAUUGUAAUACUGUGUGAUAAGUUAUUUUCCGUUUUAUUAUAACGUUUGCGUACUUGUAAGAAGCAAUAAAUGAUAUGAGAUA